UGUGUGUGUGUUGGUGUGUGUGUGGGAGUAGUGAUGCAUCCACCUCAUUCCACCCAAAUAGCCACAGCCACCCCACUGUGAGCUGGGGCUGGAGGAGAUGAUACCUAGAUGUGGCUGAGGAGAUGCCGUUUGCAGGAGGGGGGCAUGGGAGAAGGGUCACCCCAGUUUAGGGACACCCAGACCCAUCUGGAUUCUGCCCCUGCUUCGGUCAGGGAUGCGGCCGGGAAUCAGGUCAAAGGUGACUGUGUUCUUCUCUCUGUAGGACCGGGCCAACAUGACCCUGCAGUGCACCAAGUCAGCCGGACACUGGAGGAUGGUGGUGUGGGAUGAAGAAGGCUUCCAGGGCCGUCGGCAUGAAUUCACAGCUGAGUGUCCCAGUGUGCUGGAGCUCGGCUUUGAGACCGUGCGAUCUUUGAAAGUCCUGAGUGGAGCGUGGGUGGGCUUUGAGCAUGCUGGCUUCCAAGGGCAACAGUACGUGCUGGAGAGGGGCGAAUACCCGGGCUGGGACGCCUGGAGUGGCAACACCGCCUACCCCGCUGAGAGGCUCACUUCCUUCCGGCCUGUGGCCUGCGCGAACCACCGUGACUCGAGGCUGACCAUCUUCGAGCAGGAGAACUUCCUCGGCAGGAAAGGCGAGCUGAGCGACGACUACCCGUCUCUGCAGGCCAUGGGCUGGGACGGCCCGGAAGUGGGCUCCUUCCAUGUUCAAUCUGGGGCGUGGGUUUGUUCCCAGUUUCCCGGCUACCGAGGUUUUCAGUACGUACUGGAGAGCGAUCACCACUCGGGUGACUACAAGCACUUUAGGGAGUGGGGCUCCCAUGCGCACACCUUCCAGGUGCAGAGUGUGCGCAGGAUCCAGCAGUGAGUAGGCGCAUGCGCAGGCGCACUGGGGGGCCUCCGUGAACGACUGAGUGACUGGCCGGAGAUGUGGCUGUUCUUGGUUCUGGCUACCCCUAUGUCUCCUGGGAACCCCCGCACCCCUGUCAGCCAGCCCAUGCCCCGCCAGCUCACGAAGCUCAAAGAAAUAAAAUUAAAAACAAAAGGCUCAGUA